CAAGUGGAGCGUAGUCAGUAUCAGUGGCAUUAUGGAUGCCGUUGUGCGUAGUACUGUAUUCGCGUAGAACGGCGCUCACCAUUUCCCUUUGUUUUUCUCAGAGACGGAACGGAGGUCAUUUCUUGAUUCUAGAAGUGAUUUUAAUUUGGGUCGGCAGGUGGUGCGUGCCCGACGCAGGCGGGAGAGGCACAGCCCACCGACUAGCGAUAUGCACAUGCCGCACAGCUAAUACGGGUCGGGUCAAAAAGGGCCCACGCGGACCGGAGGGCCCGCCCGUCGGUGUGCCGCCAGGGUUGGUGCCGGUCCUGCCGGAUGUCCGUGCGCCCGUGGCCUGUGCGCCAGACACCCGGCUUAAAACGCCGCACCCACCACCGGUCUUCUCACUUCUGUAUCCAUACUUCUUCCUCAUUCAUCCUCCCCGUCUCUCUCCUCCAGAGCACACAGCACACAGCACAGGCUCCUCUGAAGGUGACGGCCACGCCUCAGGCGACGCCAUUGACAUGGCGGACAAGAUCUCCACGGUUGUCCUCAAAGUUGACCUUGAAUGCGCCCGAUGCUACAGGAAGAUGAGGAAGGUCCUCUGCAAGAUCCAAGACAAGAUGAACAUCAAGACCAUCUCUUUCGACGAGAAGAGCAAUGCCGUGACGGUGUCCGGGCCGUUCGACGCCGACAAGCUGUGCAGGAAGCUCUGCUGCGAGGCCGGCCGGGUGAUCAAGGAGAUGCACGUCAACGGCAAGGAACAGAAGGCGGAGUCCAAAGGCAAGGACGACGGCGGCGGCGAGAAGCAGAAGGCGCCCAAGGACGGCGGCAAGGCGGAGAAGCCCAAGGACGGCGGCGGAAAGCCGGAGAAGAAGGACGCCCCGAAGGCAGACAAGGAGAAGCCCAAGGACGGCGCGGCCGCCAAGCCGGAGAAGAAGGUCAAGUUCGACGACGCGCCGCCGGCCUCGGACGCGAAGCCCGGCAAGGCCAUGCCGCAGCUGCCGCCCGGCAUGAGCAUGGCCGACCUUGGCCCGCUCCUCGAGAAGAUGAAGCAGGCCAAGUUACAGGGCGGAGGCGGACCCCAGCCGCCGCGCGGCGAGCCACUGGCCCAGCCGAUGAUCGCGCCACCCGUGGCGGCCCAGGGUGUGGCCGUGCCGUCCAUCUGGCCGGCGCCGGCCGGGCCCAUGUCCUACAGCUACGACCCGACGCCCUACGGCCAGCCGUCGUACUACGGCGGCGGGUGCGGCGGCGGGUGCGGCGGGGGGUGUCAGUGCUGCAGGCCGGCCGUGCCGGCCGGCGGGUACUACGGCGUGCCGGUGCACGACCACCAGGGGUGGUACCACGGCAACCGGCAGCCGUACUACCAGCAGCAGCAGCAGCAGCAGCAGCCGUACUGCGGCGAGGACCCCAACGCCGGGUGCAGCGUCAUGUGAUCGACAGACGCCAUGGACAGAGACAGAGCAAUCAGGCAUCAGUCAUCAGUCAUCAGUGUGUGUGUGGUCACUCACAGUCUCACGUACUCACUCAUGGCCUGUGGUUAAAAUUUUCCUUUUCUUUUCUUCGUUCAUGUCGUGGCCUUCUUGUUUUCUUUGUGUUUAAUUAGGCGUUGAGUUGUGCAUGUGAACAGAGGAGUUGAGCUGUUAUGUUCUUGGUGCCUAGCUUGUUUCUUUAGUUCGUUCUUUUCAUAUAAAUGAAUAUAAUACCGUGCCAGUAAUUAAGUUGUA